UUUCCUUGUUCGUAUCCUAUUUCCUAAUAGAGAUAGGAUGGUAAUCUCCUGUAUAUAUAGGGCGAGAGAUAGAAUUUGAUGCAUAGAUAUUAUUUGUGCAACGAUUAAAAAUCAAUCAACACACAUGGCCAACAUGUGGUGUGCACAAGGGAGUAUGGGGAUGAAUCAAGACGCUAUCAACACAUCCAACAGCAGCGGCACCACCAACCCGAACCCUAGCCCUAACAACGAGGUCACCGACAUAGAGAUCUUCCUCCCCCGCCGCCGCCCCCGCGGUCGUCCCCCCGGCUCCAAGAACAAGCCCCGCGCUCCCAUUCCCAUCCCCGUCCCCAACGCUGCUCACCCCACCAACUUCAUCCAAAUCGCCGCCGGCAGCGACAUCUUCCAAAGCCUCGCCGACAUCGCCCGCAGCCGCCAAGUCGGCGUCUCCGUCUCCAGCGCCUCCGGCCGAGUCAGCAACGUCACGCUCCGCCAGCCCAACGGCGUCUUCACAGUCACCGGGAUAUGCGAGAUUAUCUCCCUCUCCGGAGCCUUUCUUCCGUCCUCGAUUUCGCAGCCGGGAUACGCCGCAUUGAACGUCUCCCUCGCCGGAAACCAGGGGAAGGUCUUCGGCGGCCCGGUCGUCGGCACUUUGAUAGCCUCGGGUCCGGUCGUAAUCGUCGUCAACACAUUCACCAAUGCCAAUUUUGAGCGAGUGCCGCUCCAAGACGCCGGCGACGGAAUGCAAUCGCAGCCGCCGCCUGCGGCCGUGGCUGAACCGUCGAAUCUGGGUACCAACGGCGGCAUGUUUUGGGAUCAGGCGGACCUUCCUCCGUAUUAGGGCGAACAAUUCUUCCUAGUAAAGUAAAUUGCUUAGAUCUUAACUCCAAUUCUUCAUAAAUUUACUAAUAGUAUAGGAAUAUUUUUUUUGUUAGAUGUCUAGUACUAUUUCUUUUUGUUGUAUACAUUAGAUUCCAUUG